UUUGUUUGUUCUUAGAUAUUUAAAAAUCAACAGGAUAUAAAUUUGAUUUUUAUUAGAAAUAUCUUCAUUAAAUUAAUUGAUACAAAGGGUAUUUAUUUAGUUAGUUAGUUACUAAAUCAACUUGUACACUCAAUAUGCCAAGUGAUUUAGAUAUAGAGUUUAAUGAAGAAUGCAUUAUUGAACAUAAUCGUCUAAGAGCUUUACAUGGAUGUCCAGAAUUAAUCCUUGAUUAUGAAUUAGCUAAAGAUGCACAAAAAUAUGCAGAACAUUUGGCAAGUGUUAAUGAACUUGAACAUUGUACAGAUACUGAUUCAGGGGAGAAUUUAGCUUUUUUUACAACUACUACAGUUGCUCAGAAAAAAGAUUUUACAGGCGUAGAUGCUACGAAAACAUGGUAUCAAGAAAUAGAGGAUUACGAUUUCAAAAAGGAAAAUCAAUUCCCUUGUGGACAUUUUACACAAGUAGUAUGGAAGUCGACUACAACAGCUGGAUUUGGUAGAGCUUGGUCAAAAGAUCGUCAUAGUAUUUAUGUCGUUGGCAGAUACGAUCCACCUGGGAAUUUUUCGGACGAAUUUCUUGAAAAUGUCCCACCUUUAAUUAGUAAGUAGAAACUAUCUUGAUUUAAACAAAAUCACUUUGACGUAUACGAAUAAAAAAGGUAUGACCACUGGUCAGCAACUGACCAGUUGUGAUUAAUAGUCGUUUGAUUUGUAUUUGUUUUUAAUGUCAAUAAUAAGGAUAGUUCAGAUAAUUUAAAUAUAUCCCAAGUUUUGAUCGUUAUGUAUAUUAAUUUAUUCUUUUAUAAAUAUUUAGUGAAUCUGAGAUCUGAUUAAGUUUGGAUCCACUAGUUCAGUUAGUAGAUGAUUUAGUCAAUAAUGUGAAGAUAACUAGUUUGAAUUUUUCCACAACUCACACGUUUUAAAUGCUAAUUAUUACGCCUAGUAGGCUAAAGAUGGAGUCAAUUUUCUUCGUUUGAGUACUUGUUUUAAUUGUAAACCAGUAAACAAGUUUGCACAACACUGAAAUUGUUUGCUUGUCGGCUUAGUGAUGAGGACAUUAGACUUCCACCCGUAAUUUUGAGAGCUCAGUAGUAUAACAAACGCCAUGAACCUUUAAUUUUUUCGCUUGAACGUGUCACUACUACUAUACAACACAGCGUUGUUACGUGGGCUUGGUAAAAGCUAACGAACACAAAUAUGAUCGAAGAUGUACAAAGUUUGGAUUUUGUUGGAUAAUUAUAAACAAUUGGCAAAGAAUACACGCUGAUCUAAACAGAAACUACUUGUUGUUGUGGAUGCUUUCAAGAAGUGACUGGAAAUACAC